AGCUCUUAAAGUUGACGCACGUUGUGACCUCCGGCCAAUCGCCGCGGUCAGCGAUCUCGGUGCGACCGUAGGCGGAGACCGUGACGAUUCAAAACACACUGACACGAAAAUAUCCCUGGUAUAUUCUGGGCUGCUGUUUUUUUUUUUUCUGGAUGCUUCGGCUCAGUUGCCAGUGACGCAGAGCCCGUGAUCCGAGCCAGGAGAAGGGUAAAACGGGUACGGACACUGAGGUGCGGGAGGGGGGGUAGCCCUGUCGAGUUAUGAAUCCUGGUAGGCCGGAGAGCCGGACAUUCGGGAACUUGUAGUCGGGAAUUGCGUUGGUCGCUUUGCUGCGUGGACUGCGGCAGUCAAAAUAUUUGCUGUAGAGAGAGAGAGGAGCGUCUCCAGCGCGGUACAUUCCAGAAGCUUUCCAAAAUACUUUACUCCCAUUUUAAGACAACGGAGAGACACAGCACCUGCUCGCCGAAUAUACUUCUAAAAAAGGGUCAGAGAGGUGGGGGAAGACAUGGUGGAUUACUAUGACGUCCUGGGAGUGUCAAGAAAUGCCUCCGCAGAAGACAUCAAAAAGGCGUACAGGAAGCAGGCCCUGCGAUGGCACCCAGACAAGAACCCUGACAACAAGGAGGAGGCAGAGAGGAAGUUCAAGGAGAUCGCUGAAGCCUAUGAAGUCCUGUCUGACAGAAGCAAGCGAGAUGCGUAUGAUCGCUUCGGCAGAGAUGGCAUGCCCAGUUCAGGCUCCAGCGGAUCCUCCAGUCCAGGAGAGUUCCCGGGCUUCACCUUCACAUUCCGCAGCCCAGACGAGGUGUUCCGGGAGUUCUUCGGGGGCCAGGAUCCCUUCGCCAGCUUCUUCGACGACUUCCCUUUCGGGGGCAUGCACAGCGGUUUCCACGGCCACUCCGGCCCUUCGCGGCUCGGCCCGAGCCGGUUCUUCUCCUUCCCUUCAACCGGAGUGGAGUUCACCUCCUUCUCCUCCUCCAUGGGGGGCGUGGGAGGAAUGGACAGCAUGGGCGGAGGCAUGGGGAACUUCAAGUCCGUCUCCACCUCCACACGCAUCGUCAACGGGAAACGCACCACCACCAGAAAAAUCCGAGAGAACGGUCAGGAGAGGACAGAGAUCGAGGAGGAUGGGGUCCUGAAGACCGUGCUGAUCAAUGGUGUUGAGGACGAGAUGGCCUUGGCCCUGGAGCUGAGCCGCCGGGAGCAGCCCGGCCAGUCGCCGCAGCGGCCGCGGCAGGAGCGCCCCCACCUGGAGCCGGCGGGGUACAGCUCACGGAGCCCGGCGCAGCGCUCCUACAGCUCCGCCCCCUUCUACAACUGCCCCGACGCCAGCGAGGACGAGGAGGACGACGAGGAGCUGCAGAUGGCCCUGGCCUACAGCCUGUCGGAGAUGGAGGCGCAGCAGCGGGCGGCAGCCGCCGAUGUGAUCUCAGACUCCGACUUCCAGGCUUUUACUGGCUGACUGGCCACUGCGCCCCCUAGAGGAAGAGGCUCCCGGGGCGCUUGUCUCUGAGCCCAGCUCAUCUGCUGACGGACACUUUUCAAAGUUUUAUUUGGAAAAACAAAACGAAAAGCGGGAAGGGGGGAGAGUGCAGCAGUCUGUGUGUGUGUGUGUGUGUUUGUGCACGUGCUCACUUGCACGUGUUUGAUUCGCAUGAGUGUACAGACUGUAGCGUGAGAGAGGAAGACACUUUGGUGAUGUUAACGAGGCUACCGAAAUCAUAAAUUCAUCUCUGUUUCAAAUAACCCUUUAGGACUGAACAAAUAUAUUUUAAGUGUUUCAUAAAAAGAUGUUUUAGUAAAUGUGGGCCUCUGUGCAAGUGCACUGACGAGUGAAAGGAGACAGGAGAGAAUGAAAUCAAAUUCAGCAUGAAAGCUGUGAGGUCUUUCUUAACCUUGACAUGACAUGACACUUGAUUAAAUACUAUGCUAAAGAACAUGUAUGUUAUAUAAGAGAUCUAUGCAAAUGUACUCACUUUAAAAUACAUUUCAAUACUUAAAUCUUAAUUUUAAUAUAUAUUUAAAAAUGAGUUGCCUUCAAGUGUUUCUAAUCAUUUGUCCACGAACAAAAAUCUGACUGUAGUUUUCCCAUGUGAGCUCAGCUCCUGGUUUCUCACUCACCUGAACCAGGAAAGGCUUCUUCCAACUGUAGCCCUAGAGAGUAACCACAUUGCUUGUUUUCCACAUCACAUUAAAUCACCCGUUUCAGUAGCAGUGGGGCCACCUGUUCGACACCGACAGUUCACUCAGUCAUUUUAGAGAACCAGGCUGAUUUAUUAUAUAUAACGGUGUAUGCGUAUGCUGUAUGGUGUUAGGUUACACUAGCAAUGGAAAGUGGAUUGUGUGCCAGUACACGGAUUGUUUAGUGGACUGAUUAGCCGGCCUGCCCAAACGUGUGACCCCUUGGUCUGGAGAUGCUGAGACGGGAGAGGUCGCGCGGUGGGGCGUCGGACGAAUCGGGCCGGUGAAACGUGCGGCCGAGGACACAGAGGACGCACAAAC